AUGUCGGCCUCUUUAGCCCCAGAGUGCAAUGAAAUCAAAGAGCGCUACGAUAACUGCUUCCUGAAGUGGUACAGUGAGAAGUUUCUGAGAGGUACUGCAACUUCCGAUGAAUGCAAACCCUUAUUCGAGCAGUAUGAAAAGUGUCUCUCCCGUGUUCUCAAGGAACGAGGCAUCGACAAGAUGCUCAAAGAGGUUCGCGAAGACAAUAAAGAAAACGAUGCUGAGCAUAUGAAGCCCACUCGAUAG